AUGGCGGCGCUGCGGCGACUGUUUCUAACUACUCCACAAACAAGCCUGAUUGCUGUCAGAUGUGCUUCUAAGAAAACUGGGGGCAGCUCAAAGAAUUUAGGUGGCCGCAGCCCUGGGAAGCGCUAUGGAUUCAAAAAAGUAGAAGGUGCAUUCGUGCACGCAGGCAACACUUUGGCUACGCAGCGGUUGAUACGCUGGCAUCCAGGGGCUCACGUGGGGAUGGGCCGUAACAAGACACUCUAUGCCCUGGAGGAUGGGAUUGUGAGAUACACUAAAGAGGUCUACGUACCUCCGCCCCGCAGCAGUGAGAGCAGGGAAGUGAUCUGUCGUCUACCCAAAGGAGCAAUUCUUUAUAAAACCUUUAUCAAUGUUAUCCCUACCACAGAAGUAGGAAGCUUUAAACUGGUCACCAUGCUCUGAGCCUCCUGCAUCAUGUAGGGACAGAUGGGAAGGAGCAGCUGGGACAGACCGCUCCAGCUGGACUGGCAUCCGAGGACAGGAAUGUUCUAGCUCUGAAGAUUCCAGUUUAGGACUUUGUUUUCUUGCUUGUAAAGCACAUGUGGUCAGUGUUCAGGCACU